AUGAACGUCUCGUCGAGCACCGGGCGUGCUCUUACCAUACAAUCGCACGUGGUGUCCGGGUAUGUCGGUAAUAAGUGUGCGGUGUUCCCCCUCCAACUCCACGGCUUCGACGUGGACCCGAUCCUCUCGGUGCAGUUCUCCAACCACACCGGGUACGGCUGUUGGAAAGGCGAGGUCAUGACCGGGGAGCAGCUCCAGAGUUUGGUGGAGGGCCUGGAGCAGAACGGCCUGCUUGAGGGAUAUACGCAUCUACUCACGGGAUACAUCGGGUCAGCUUCCAUGCUCAGGACGGUCGCCAGGCUGGUGCGGAAGCUGCGUACGUACAACCCAAACCUCGUGUAUGUCUGUGACCCGGUGCUGGGCGACAACGGGCGGCUGUACGUCCCGGCAGAGCUGACCACCAUAUACAGGGAGGAGAUCGUGCCGCUCGCCACGCUGCUGACUCCCAAUCAGUUUGAAGCGGAGCUGUUGACGGGGAUGACCAUCGGGAGCGAAGAAGAUGCGCUGGCCGCUUGCGCAUCUCUCCAUCAGGCGGGACCGCCGAGCGUGGUGCUUACGAGCCUGGACCUGGACCACAGCGCUUCAUCCUCCUCCACCAUCACGCUCCUAGGCAGCACGAGCCAGCCUCAGGCUGAGAGAUGCGGACAGCGGUUCCGCAUCGUCGUGCCGCGCAUUCCGAGCUAUUUCACAGGGACGGGAGACCUGUGCGCGGCUCUGCUGCUUGCGUGGACGGCGAAGAUGCCUGAUAAGCUCGGGCGCGCGGCGGAGAUGGCAGUGGCAAGCUUACAGGGGGUGUUGAGAAGGACAGCAGCGGCGCAGGCGGUUGCAGAGGCGGCAGGGAAGACGGGUAUUGGGUGCAGAGAGUUGCGCCUUGUGAACAGCGUUGACGAACUCCUACAUCCCAAGAUCACAGAGGAGGUGACUUGGCUAGAUUAG